GAAGCCAGGGGAAAAAGGCUGAGGACUAAGGAUCUGGGCCUCGGAGAGCGUGUCUCUUGUGCCGCCGCCGCCGGGUAGCCCACGACCUUUGCCCUAUUUUAUUUGCGUUCUAUGAGCUUGUGGCCCGGGAGCCGCCAUUCAACUUGCUGGAUCCUGGAGGUGGUUCUUGCUUUCCAAACCAAACCAAGAAAGACACACGGGGAACGUCCUAGCGCUGCCUCACUACUUUAUUGCUCACCAUCUUACCGUCCCCGCCAAAGAAUUUAAGGCAUUUAUGCUCUUGUUUGGCAAAUAAAGUAAAGAGCUAACUGCAUUUGGUGCUAUAGAUUUUUAAACGCAAGUAGUACGCAGAUAAUUAGGUUCAACCUUUACAAGAAAAUGACCAGGCCGGGCGUGGUGGCACACGCCUUUAAUCCCAGCACUCAGGAGGCAGAGGCAGGCGGAUUUCUGAGUUCGAGGCCAGCCUGGUCUACAGAGUGAGUUCCAAGACAGCCAGGGCUACACAGAGAAACCUUGUCUCGAAAAACAAAAACAAAAACAAAAAAAAAAACAAAAAAAAAAAAGAAAAAAAAAGAAAAGAAAAUGACCACUAUAUGGUAGAGAUUGGUAUGGUUGGGAAUUUUAAUAUGACAGUAACAGCAAUAAUACCUAUUUAAAUACUACUGAAAAAAAUAAUUAUAAUUUUUAAGAGAGCAAGAUAUAAAUAAAUAUUAAUGAACUUGGAGAUCUAGAUGGAAUUACGAUUCCAACUUUAAUUUUCUGGAGAGAUGAUUUUAUACUCUUCUAUUGUCUUUUAUAAGAUUUUAUUGUCUUUAUAUACAUUUAUACUCUUUUAUUGUUUAAACUUUGUCUUCCAGAACAAUCCGAGUCAUUGUUCCAGAGAUCCAGAACAUCUCUGGUCCAUUUUUUAGAAACCUUUUAAUGUGUGUCUCAUACAUCAGAAGACCCACCUGCCUCGGCCUCCCAAGCUGUUGUGAUUGGCAUGUUCUUCCCUUACGUAUAGUCACCUCCUCCGUGCCUUUGCCAGCUCUGCUGACAUGAUGCCAUUGCUCUAAUUUGUACUUGUCUCACCACAUCUUCAUGUCACUGCCAGUCUUUUCUGGUAUGGGCAUGGGUAUGGGUGUUUGCUUGCAUCUACAGCUGCAGACCACAGGCUGUGUGUGCCUGAUGUCCUUACAGGCUAGAAGAGAGCAUCGGAUUCCCUAGGACUGUACGUCUAUCGGUUGGAAACUGCCCCAUGGAUGCUGGAGAAUCCAGUCCAGUUUCUCUGGAAGAGAAGCCAGUGUUCUUAACUGCUGAGCCACCUCUCCAACCCUCAUCGCCCAUUUAAAAGAUAGACUUUUGGCUUAUAGCAGCCUUGGCUGAUGGUUAUUUUCUUUAAGAGCUUAGAAUGUAUUUUAUUUCAUGGUUUCUUGUUUUUGAGGAUUGUUGAUCAAGAGAGCUGGAGUUAGUCUCAUGUUUCGACUAUAUAGCUUACUCAGGGACGCAGCUCACUAGGAAUCUACAGAUUAAGCCGUGGGAACUCGGUGAACACGGGACCAUGUGCUUUAGAUCCUACAGGAUGGCUCUCUCCUGUUUGAGCAGAGUAAAAACUUACAGGACCCCUUGGAAGAGAUUGUACAGUACUUCACAAACAACAGUUGACAGCAGGGAGGUCAAAAACUUCCAGGCCCUGGCUCACACGUGGUGGGAUGAGUACGGAAAGUUUGCGCCUCUUCAUUCUAUGAAUGACCUACGGGUGCCAUUCAUUAGAGACAAUCUUUUGAAAACAAGUGCUAGUCACCAUCCAGGAAAGCCUUUAUCUGGGAUGAAGAUUCUUGACGUUGGCUGUGGCGGUGGGUUAUUAACUGAACCUCUAGGGAGACUGGGAGCUUCAGUUGUUGGAAUUGAUCCCGUGGCUGAAAACAUUAAGAUAGCACAGCACCAUAAGUCCUUUGAUCCAGUCCUGGAUAAGAGGAUACAGUACAAAGUGUGUUCCCUGGAGGAGGCCGUGGAUGAGAGCGCAGAGUGUUUUGAUGCUGUCGUGGCUUCUGAAGUUGUGGAGCAUGUGAGCCACCUGGAAAUGUUCAUCCAGUGCUGCUAUCAAGUGCUGAAACCCGGUGGCUCUUUAUUCAUUACUACAGUGAACAAAACACAGCUGUCCUAUGCCUUGGGAAUUGUUUUCGCAGAGCAAAUUGCAGGCAUUGUUCCAAAAGGCACUCAUACGUGGGAAAAGUUUGUUUCACCUGAAAAGCUAGAGAGUAUCUUGGAACCAAAUGGUCUGUCAGUUGAAACUGUGGCAGGAUUGGUCUAUAAUCCUUUCUCAGGUUACUGGCAUUGGAGUGAAAAUACCAGCCUUAACUAUGCAGCCCAUGCUGUGAGAUCCAGGGCUCAGGAGCACCAGGAGCCUGCUGAGUCUGCUUUAAAGGGGGAAACAGGAGCACUCCAUGCUAACACCUCCGGUAGCCCCAGUGUACGGGAGGAGCAGAGGACAUGAGGUGCCUCCAAGGACAGCAGUAAAUAUACUUGAAAUUGUGUUGUUUACAAAGUCAAAAAUCUUACUCCAUUUCGGGAGAGAUUUUGAAGAACAAAAGGUCAAUAAAAAUAUCUAAAUCAAUGGAGAAAAAUUUCUGUGUCACCUAAGAGACACUUUGAAGAAUUUUCUGGUGAGGUUUUGUCACGUGUGCUUAAGGUCUCUAUGCUUUUACUGUAGAAAAGUGUGUGUUCAUUUCAUUUACAUGUUAGGCAUUUCUCACAUGUGUAAACAGAAACAUAUGCUGAUAUUUAUUGAUUUCAACUGGAAUCUCUGUUGUCUAUGGUAUUCCUUUAUUUUAGUUAAAGAUACAAUGCCCUUGACUGAUAAAAAAAAACCCAAAAAACAAAAAACAAAAACCAGCUCUAGUUUUUAAUCACUGAUAUUUGGGAGUACAAAAUAUAUUUUAAACCUAGGGUAGUGAGCAUACGUGUACCUCCCUCUCUCCUUCCGUCUCUUCUCCCCUCCCUCCCUUAAUUGAGUUCAGUUUGUGUGUUUCUUUUUUAAAUAUUUAUUUGUUAUAUGUAAGUACAGUAUCACUAUCUUCAGAUACACCAGAAGAGGUUGUCAGAUCUCACGUGGAUGCUGGGGUUUGAACUCAGGACCCCUGGAAGAGCAGCAGUCAGUGAUCUUAACCACUGAGCCAUCUCUUUAGCUGAGUUCAGUUUGUGUUGACCAUCUUCUCUUGAGUAUAGGGCCUACCUUGGAGUGUGGUUGAUACACCAGAGAUCACAGCAUUAAAGGAAGUUGCCUUUUACCAGCAGCUAUCAAAUGCCAGUAGUGCCUCGGCUAGCGAGGAGCUACUUUCUCCGCUAUAUAAAUAAAAUACACUUUAUCCUACAGAAAAAUGGGAUUCUGGAAAUAAAUGAGUUAUUAAAUACAUGGUAGAUUUGAAUUCAAACAUUAAAAGAAGUUCAGGUAAUGUUUCAUGUAUAGGACUUAGUUCCGUAUGCUGUUCUUUGAAAAUGUUAUGUCCAGGAACAGGAGAGAUAGUUCAGCAGUUAAGAGCGCUGGUUGCUCCAGCAAAGGACCUGAGUUUUAUCCCCAGCACCCCAUGAUGGGCCACAGCUAUCUACAACUGCAGUUGUCAGGGAUCAGACUCCAUGGCUUUGGCAGGCACUCGUGUGAUAUACAUACAUAUAGGCAAAAUAACCAUACAUAUAAAUUAAUAAAAAUAACUGGUGGUGGUUUCAAUGAGAAUGUUCCCCGUAGGCUUGUAUGUUUAAAUUCUUGAUCUUCAUUUGGUGAAACUGGGAACAAUUGGGAGAUAUGAUCUUGGUGGAUGUGUGUCACUGGUGGUGGGAUCUGAGGUUUCAAAAGACUUCUGUCAUUCCAAGUAUGAUGUCUGCUUCCUGCUUAUGGCUUGGGUGUGAGCUCUCAGCAGCUGCUCCUGCGCCAUGCCUGCCUGUGCCAUGCUCCCUGCCAUGAUGGUGACGGACUCCCACACAUCUGUAACUGUCAGCCUCAAAUAAACCCUUCCUUCUAUGA